UCACUUGCCCUCCCAUCCCCGUCAUCCCACCCAGCAGCUCCGCUCCGUCCGCUGCCGCACGACAUCACGCCGACGAGGCCGCCAUCUCCGCCUCUCAUCUCCUCCCGGCCUCCCCACGCGCGACGCGUCCUCCUCCUCCUCCAACCAGAUCCGAACCGAUUGCCGCCGCCGCCGCAUCCCGAUCUUCCCAAACCCUACAAGAAGCCCGGCCGUGGCGGCGGCCGCGGCUGCGACGUACGGCUUCCGGUGAGGUGCAUGAGGAGCAGGAAUACGAGAAGGGACGACUGCGGGAUCGCGAUCCGAAGCAGGAGCCGGUGGGGCAAGUGCGGCUGAUCCACGCCUGAGAAACAGACAUCCAGGGGUGCACUGUCUGGCAUCGUCGGAAGAGUGGGGAGGAAGAACAAAAGAAAAAGGCCGGAUCUUGGAAAGCUUCCACUGCCAGCUCCAAGAUGCAGCACGGCGAUUUGCAUAAGAAGAGUGCAGCGGAGAUGGAUUUCUUUACUGCAUAUGACGAUGCUAAUCGAUACAAAAUUCUGGAGGUUAUAGGCAAAGGCAGUUAUGGACUUGUAUGUUCUGCAAAUGAUCUGCAAACUGGAGAGAAGGUUGCAAUAAAGAAGAUACACAACAUUUUUGAGCAUAUAUCUGAUGCAGCACGCAUACUCCGUGAAAUUAAGCUUCUCAGACUUCUUAGGCAUCCUGACGUAGUUGAGAUAAAGCACAUCUUGCUACCCCCAUCCAAAAAGGAUUUCAAAGAUAUAUAUGUUGUCUUUGAACUUAUGGAGUCAGAUCUUCAUCAAGUCAUAAAGGCUAAUGAUGAUUUGACGAGGGAGCAUUAUCAGUUUUUCCUGUAUCAGAUGCUUCGUGCUUUGAAAUAUAUGCACACAGCAAAUGUCUAUCACCGAGAUCUGAAGCCCAAGAAUGUGCUUGCUAAUGCAAAUUGCAAACUCAAGAUAUGUGACUUUGGCUUGGCAAGAGUUGCAUUCAGUGAUGCACCUACUACAGUCUUCUGGACUGAUUAUGUGGCAACAAGAUGGUAUAGAGCACCUGAACUGUGCGGUUCAUUUUACUCCAAGUAUACACCGGCUAUUGAUAUUUGGAGUAUAGGGUGCAUUUUUGCUGAGGUGUUGAUUGGAAAGCCUUUAUUUCCUGGUAAAAAUGUUGUCCAUCAGUUGGAUUUGAUAACUGAUAUUCUGGGGACACCCUCCUUAGACGCUAUUUCUCGGGUGCGGAAUGACAAGGCAAGAAAAUACCUGACGUGCAUGCGGAAGAAACAGCCUGCUUCUUUCUCGCAGAAAUUUCCAAAGGCUGAUCCAUUAGCAUUACAAUUGCUUAGGAGGCUUCUAGCUUUUGAUCCAAAGGAUCGCCCAUCUGCCGAAGAGGCAUUGGCGGAUCCAUACUUCAAUGGACUAGCAAAAGUAGAGCGAGAACCAUCUUGUCAACCUAUCCCAAAGAUCGAAUUUGAAUUUGAGGGUCGUAGAGUAACAAAGGAGGACAUCAAGGAACUAAUAUUCGAAGAAAUUUUGGAGUACCAUCCUCAGUUACUGAAGGAGCAUAUUAUUGGAAAAGAAAGGCCAAACUUUGUUCAUUUAAGUGCUGUUGACCAGUUUAAGAAACACUUCACUCAACUUGAGGAAAAUGAUAACGAAACUGGAGCAGCUGUUUCAUUACAGAGGAAACAUUCUUCUCUGCCAAGGCAAGCCUUCAACCAUCGUUAGGCAUGUGAUGUCCUCUGACACUCAAAGUUCACUGGAUAUAGAUAAUCCAAGAAGCUUGCCGUCCUCACUUCCUUGGCAACCCAAUAUGCGAUAUUCUCUGGAUCCAAGAAUCAUGCAACAGGCCCACCACAACAUGUGCCUGAAGGAGUAUGUGUAGACUCCAGAUCAGGGAGCUUGUAUACCCGGUGACAGAAAAGCUGAAGCAGUUCCUGCUCCUCAUGGCCUAAUUUCAGCUGUACAUUACAGCAUGCCGGCGAUUGCUGGUUGGCAUUAGUGUGUCGAAUCAUGGAGGGCCGGCUUUGUUGUCUGUCUAUCAAGUUUGAAUAUCAACCUGCAACGUAAGCUAAAGGAUCUAGAGAUUACACCCUGAAAAAAGAAAAGAAAAGAAAAGAUAAGAAGAUCUAGGGAUUCCAGCUUGGGGUGUUAAGCCAGCUUUCCUUGGAAUUGAGUCCCACACAUGCAUCCGACUAUUGGAUUUUGCUGUGCUUCCAUGAAGGUGCGAGGUGGCAAGGUCAAAUAAUGCAAUUGUCAGGAUUUCCUCGGGUGGCCAAUGGGGGUUGUUUGAGAAAGGCAUUUGACGCCAAAGGAACUGGAGUAUCAAUCUGAAUCAUUUCCAAUGGUGGUUGCAACAAAAUGUGCAAUGCCAGGGACCAAAGUAUCUCUAUUCCCCGGAGUGCAGGGUAAAUAAAUCGUCUUCUGCUGAUCCCCAUGUUCCGAUGUGUGACUCCGUUCAAUUUUCUUCUCCAGAUGUAUGAUAAUUGCUUGUAUGAUGUGCAUCAAUAGCCAAUUAUAGUGUUCUUGUUUUGCUCCGGGCGGCAAUGAUAUAUGUGGAAGUGGAACUGUGGUAUGCAGGCGAA